AUGAAGGAUAGUUUAGUCUCUAGUCUGAAGUUCACUAAAAUACGUGACUACGAACUGGCUUGGGUAGAAGCAACCGUAUCGCUGGAUCAGCAUCAGACACCAGACCAACCGAAACCUCACGAGCAAGCUGUUGAACAGGAUACCGAAUCCGAUCCGGAUGCCUUAAAAGCGCGUACACCAUUGGCAGCCGAUCAGUUGCCUGUCCUGAAUUUGCCCACUUGUCCUGUCGGGCCACAUAAGACCGUAUUCGUCAACGAACCGAAGCUUUCAGACCUCAAACAACUACUGCUCACUCGGGGUCUUCAAGCGGAAUUCGUAAGUGGCGUUUUGGUUGUCGACAAUUGUGUGGCAAUCAAACGCUCGGAAGCAGGAAAACUACUUCUGGAAGGUUUACUCUCACGUACCUAUUUCGAUGUGCGCCAGGUGCUCUAUCAACAAUUUGCAAUUCUGUGA